UGGUGCGUUGUUGUUUGACCUCCUUUUUUUUUUAGUUUGCUUUACUUCCUUAAUGAAAUUACGGUCAACUCAGCAACAUGUUAGACAUUGGUGUCAACAUUGAAUAAUUUUCAUUCUGUGACUGAUAAGAAGUCAAAAUGAAAAGAAUUUUUAUUGAUUGUUAGUUUCCGAUAUUUUUUCUAAUACAGAUAUAGUGUUGUCAGUUAUUAUUCCAAUUGGUAACGGAUUUGGCAUACGGGAACAGUGUUUACCUCAAAACAUUAGAGCUAUGCUACUUAACCCAUGUAGAACUUUAGAUAUAGGAGAACCGCCUCUUCCAGAUUUUAAUUUAUCAUAUAACAUGAGAAUGGUUGUGAAAGCGAUGAUUGAACAAACUAAAGAAAUAAAAAGAAAAUAUAAUUUAAGAUCUGUUGUUUCUCAUGGAAGCAGAGUCAACAUUUAUCUACCAGUUAAACCACCGGUAAUAACAGAUGCUGGAUUGGCGGAUAUGAUGUUAUCGUUCAAGGCUUAUUUCGUACAGAUAAUUUCCAUGGAAAUCCAAGAACAGAAUUUGCAGCGUACAGAAAUUAACACUUUUGAAGAUGACUUGCGAUUGUUAAAGAAUUAUUUAUUAUCUGGAAUGUGUUUUAUAUCAAGACGAAUUACAGCCCAGUCGGAUACAAUGACACCGUUAUGCAUCAAUACAUUACAGCUGUUACCAACAUAUCAAGCAACGUCUAUGUUUGUUUUAAGUCAUUUGAAGUAUUUCCUAGGAGACGUUGAUAGAGCAUUUGAAUAAACGUUUAGUUUUUAAUAAACUAUUUGGCAUGUUUUUGAUAUAUCUGUGAUAAUCAGGCAGCACAUAAAUUAUUUUCUUACUUUACCAUGUUUACAUGUUUUUCCAUUGUCUAUGUAUACCUACGUGAUUGUUAUUAAAAUAAAUAUGAAUUA